AGCAUGUGUGCUAUUCACUUCUCGAUAAAUGUUCUGUUAUUCGUUUGUGCUAUUUGUAUGUUCGGAUUUUAUUGUUGAUUUGCUGUGAUUUCCUAGAAAUGUUUUAGAGCUGGACAAUGCAGAGGACUUUGCUCUGGGUCCUGCUAGGGAUUGGGUGUAUUUCCCUCUCCAGUGCCAGACUGAUUGGGAGGAGAAGCUUGGUGGUGACCACUGAAACUACUCAGGAGGAUACGAAGAAUGCCGCACCAACAAUCGCUACUUCGCCGCAGAUCUACCAGAUGCGUGUGGACACCAACGUGUCCAACAGGUAUGCAGUGACUCUGGUAACCAGCAAAGUGAGGAACAUUGGAGAUGCUGCUCAGGAGGCCACGUUUUCCGUGGUUACUCCCGAUCAGGCCUUCAUCUCGGGCUUUACCAUGGAAAUCGAUGGGAAGAAGUAUAAGGCUUAUGUGCAGGAGAAGGAAGAAGCAAGGGAAACAUACGACAGGGCUGUAGAAAGUGGGUUUGCGGCAGCCCAUGUGGCAGCCAGUGCCCGAGACUCCAACCGAUUUACAGUAUCAGUGAAUAUUCAGCCUGCAAGUAAAGCCACGUUCUAUCUGACCUAUGAAGAACUGCUGGUGCGAAAGGAUGAGAAAUACGAGAUUGUUCUGAACAUUCAUCCAGGCGAGCCCGUCAAAGACUUGCUAGUGCAGGUUAACAUUGACGAAUCGCGGCCCCUCAAGUUCGUCAAAACGCCAUCUUUGCGGUCCGGUAACGAGCUGCUGAAAAACAACCCCAACUUGGACCCUGAAGCUGAAAUAACCAAUUUGAACGAAACGUCUGCAGUUGUCCGUUUUAAUCCGGAUAUUGCCAAGCAGAGGAUCUUGGCCGAAAGUCUCGGCGGCAAGGAGAAGAAUGGACUUAGUGGCCAAUUCAUUGUGCAGUAUGAUGUGGCCAGAGACCCAGAAGGAGGAGAGGUGUUGGUCAGCGGAGGUCACUUCGUGCACUUUUUCUCACCGGAAAACCUGACGCCAUUGAAGAAACAGGUGAUUUUCGUGCUGGACACCAGCGGAAGUAUGUCCGGUGUCCGGAUCACGCAGCUGAAAGAAGCGAUGGACAGCAUUUUGGAUGAACUGAAGCCUGAGGACGUCUUCAGUAUCGUCGAGUUCAACUCGCUGGUCAAAGUGUGGGAUGUGUCCACCAUCCGAGUCAGCUACAUGGAGGGAGAGGACCCCUACAUCUACUCCGAUAGAGACACAACUACGCCAGCUACUCAAGUGCUCCCUCCCUCGUUUCCUGCCACUGAAUCGAACAUAAUCAACGCCAAAGAGGUCGUCAAGCAGUUGGAUGCUAAUGGAGGUACCGAUAUACAAUCCGCCCUCAAAAUCGGCCUCAAUAUCGAGACCAGCAAUGCCAUCAAAAUCCAUCAGCCCAUCAUAGUCUUUUUAACUGAUGGUGAGCCCACCGUUGGAGAAUCCAACACCGAAAGGAUAGUUUCCAGCAUUACGGCGCUUAACACCCUCAAAGUGCCAAUCUUCUCCUUGUCGUUCGGCGAUGGAGCUGAUCGGGAAUUCUUGAAGAAGCUCUCGCUGAAGAAUCAGGGCUUUAGCCGCCACAUCUACGAGGCUGCUGACGCCUACAUUCAGCUGCAGGACUUCUACAAGCAGAUUUCCUCGCCUCUCCUAUCCAAUGUCACCUUUAGGUACACCGACCAGGCAUCCAACGUAACCAAAUCCAAUUUCCCCAUACUCUUCGGAGGCGGUGAGCUGUUUACCACUGGAAUUCUCCGAGAUGAUUCAGAUCCCAGCAUCGUCCCUCCAGCAGUGGAAGCAUGGGGAGUGAAUGGACCCAUCCAGCUGCAGCCCAAAGUUUUCCAGGUUUCCGGCAACCUGGAGCGCUUGUGGGCUUACUUAACUGUCCGCCAGUUGCUGGAGCAGCGCGAGGUGGCUGAGGACAAGACUGGGCCAACCCAGGAGGCUUUAAGGCUGGCGUUGAAGUACUCGUUUGUGACGGAUGUGAGCUCUUUGGUGGUGGUCAAGCCCAACGACACUGCCACUGUUGAUACGGUAGACGCAGCUGAGAGUUUUUCCCCUUCGUUUAAGCACCGUACAGCAUUUGCAGCUUUCAGCCCAAUGAGGAACUUCAGACCGGCAAUAGUCCCAACAGCAGCGGUUUCAUAUUCGUCCCAUUUCGGAUUUCCAAUUUUAUUUAGCCAACCUGCGAGGGACUUUUUGAGACCAGCUGCGUCUCCUAUUCAACCAUCAUCACUUCAUACCUUCAUACCCGAUCAACAUUCAGUUUUUACAACUUCGCCUCCAUCCUUGUCCAAGAUUCCCUGGUUGGGAACCGUUAGGAACACCAACGGUACCAUCACAGUAGGUUCAGAUGCGUAUUCCUUGGACUAUGAUCCCAGUGUGACACCGUAUUCCUGCCAGAAUUCCCUCAACAAGGCGAACGGAACCUGCCUUCAGCUGAUGAACUGUGAGCAAAUCUAUCCGCAGUUGACUGACUUUGAUACCUUUAAGAAGUACUUCUGCAAACUGGACACUGCUGCUGGAGUAUGCUGCCCAGACUCGCCCUUUCCAUAAGCGAACUGCACUGAAAACCCACUACUCCCACAGUUUUCUAGGCUUAUUACAACAACUUGUACUGUAGAAAUACACGUUAAGACAUC